AUGCCUCAGACCGUAACAUCCAGUCAGGAAGCACCACAGCUCACUCUGCCUGUCAGUUCUUCGCUCCUCCAGUAUCAGUGCCCUGUCCUCAUAGUUCCGCAGUCAGGACCACUCAGCCCUUCUCUUUCUGUGAUUCUACUCUAUAUAAAUGAAUGUACCAUUGACAAUGGUGUCUGUCAGAACCAAUGCCACGAUACAAUUGGCAGUUACUACUGCAAGAGUCAAGCUUGCCAGAAGCUGGAGAAAGAUGGCAGAGGAUGUAAAGAUGUCGAUGAAUGUGUGGUGGUGAAUGGAGGCUGCCAGCAGUGCUAUAUUAACACUCUGGGCACCUUCCACUGUGAAUGUGAUACGGGAUACGGACUCCAUGCUGAUGAACGCACCUGCAUAAAGAUGGACCCCUGCACAGGUGGGAAUGGAUGUGCCCACAUCUGUCAGAGUGAGAAUGGUGUGACCAGGUGUGUCUGUUGCCCAGGGUACCAGUUGUCUAACGACAAAAAGGCCUAUGGAGAUAUGAAUAAGCCUGCUGAAGGGCUGGCUCCCUGCAGCCAUAGCUGUGGGAACACAAUGGGUUCUUUCAUUUGUGCCUUCCACCCUGGCUUUGAGCUGGAAGCUGAUGGAAAGCAGAGUUCCAGGUUUGUAUUGGAAAUUGUCAAUAGCUGUGAGAAGAACAAUCAUGGUUGUUCCCAUCAUUGUGAACGUGUACUUGGGCAGGGGGGUGGGGUGGAUUGUUCCUGCAACCAUAGACACCAGCUUGAUUCAGAUGGGAAAGCAGGCAUAGAUACCGAUGAAUGUGAGCGUGGAGAAGCCUGCUGUACCCAACUCCGCAUCAACUAUUUAGGACGCUAUAAAUGUCGAUGUCAGGAGCUCUUUAUCAGUUCUGAUGGUGGCAGAUGUGAUGCCUUAGAUGAUGGUGAGCUGGAAGAAGAAGAAGAAUUAGAAGUUUUAAGGUUUCCAGUCCUUCUAUUCAAGAACCCACCUCAAUGGCUUCAUGAUGUCUCCACCUCUCUGCCUCCCACCCAUGAAGACGAAGAAGAUGAGGAGGGUGAGGAAACAUGUAUUUGAGGAGAACUGACUGCUUUGAGCAAAACUGGGCUUCAAAUACCCAUGUGUAUUCGCAGUUAAACUGGUUUUAAACUAGUUUCUAUUUGGAAUUCAGAAAAGCAAGGAAGAAAACAUUAUAUUUUUCUCAUCCAUUCAGAAAUGUUAUUGGGAAUUUUGCAUUGGAAUCAAAGAGAGCCAGACGGUUUGUCCACCAGGCACAUAUGGGAAGGACUGUAAACAGGUAUGUCAGUGUUCAGCUGAGAAUGAAGAGUGUCACCUAGUCACGGGGAGAUGUACCUGUCUGCCCGGCUACCAUGGAAACCGCUGUCAUCUCCGUAUGCCUUAUUGAAUUUUUUGUGAAGGAAAAAAGAAGUUCUUAGGAGGACCAAUGAAUGUUAUAUACCAAAGAAGGGACAAUGAGCUAUGGGAACUGACAUUCCCUGGGAAGAGAGAAUGACAGAAGAGACUGUAAAGUGAAGCCAUCAUUUUUCAUAGAGAGGAAUAAAGAAAUACAACAACUACAGCACAGAAAUAACCUUUGGAUGCCCAAAAGGCACUUAGGGUCUUAAUUGCCAAAGGAUAUGCAAGUGCCUUAAUGGCAGCAACUGUGACACUGUGAUUGGCACCUG